AUAGAUAGAUAGAUAGUCUCUUUUAAAUGUUAACAUUCAAAAGUGAUAUAAAUGUAUAUAACAAUCUGUUAUCUCAAUAAGGCACAGCCGCACAGCUUUACUGUUAUGGACAUGAAUUACAUUGAGGGUCUGAAUGAGGUUCGUCCUGCUGUGUAUCGCGCUGCACUAAAGCUACGUUCGUUACAAAAACUAUGCCAAAUGCACCUGGUGACACUGCAGGAUCUGCGUCCAGUUUUAAACCCACUAAACAGUUCUGCAGACCCAAAGGUUCAACUUUCUCAGGAAGAUGUACGACAGAGUCUAGAAAAGUUAUUUCUGAACAUAUCAAAGGAACUUUCUGGUCAAGCGGUGCUUGAAGCCACAGAUCAGACCACUAGACUCCUCUUUAAGUUAUUUGACAGAGAGCAGACAGGUGUUAUCCUGCUCAGAUCAGUGGAGGCUGCAUUGAUCGCUCUUUCUGGAGACUCUCUGUCAGCUAAACAAAGGGCUUUGUUUCGUUUGACUGAGAGCUACAUUGGAAAACGUGAUAAUGUCAGUGGCACUAUCAGUCGAACUGGACUUAGAAUCCUGCUGAAAGACCUCAGUCAGGUUCCAGCAGUGGUUCAAGAAAACCAUGUUUUUGGCACUGUUGAAACUGCAGUGGCUUCCUGUUUUAAAGGGGUAGUCGGUGCAAGUGUGACUGAAGAACAUUUUAUUGGUUGGCUUCAGUCAGAACCUUGUCUGUUGUUAUGGCUCUCCACACUUUACAGACUCUCACUGAGUGAGACUGUACAACACAGAGUCCGCUGCCAUGCCUGUAAAGCAUUUCCUAUCAUUGGCCUCAGGUAUCGCUGUCUUAAGUGUCUGAACACGCACCUCUGCCAAAACUGUUUUCUAACUGAGAGACGCAGUAGGAAGCACAAACCCUCCCAUCCUGUACUGGAGUACUGCACUCAGCCAUCCUGGAGAGAAUCAGUGGCAUCACUGGCCUCCAGUGCUCGACACGCUUUGCUUCCUCGACAUCGCACCAGGAGAGAUGCAGAGAGGACACAGAGAGCUUUGAGAGCAGACUCCAGCGCAGAGCUACAGUACAUUCCAUCUCCUCCAGUCCAACGGUCAGUAGAAGUUAAUGACACACAAGAGACGUCAGGGUCUGACACAGAUCUGACUGCUGCCACUCCUGUGCUGACAGUUGAGUCUAAAUGUUUGCAGACUGAAGACACAGAGACAGCUCAGAAAGAAACAGCUAUUCUCCAAAAAGACCUCAGUGUUACUCAGAAAGCCAUGAAAGAUAUGCAGAGAGACAAGUGGCUCCUGGAGAAAGAGUUUCAGGUUUGGAGAGUUGCUGCACAGUCAGAGCACGAUUCACUGGAAGACAAAUGCACUGAGUUGAAGACUAUGAUGGAGGCCCUGAGCCAACAUAACCAUCAUCUGGAGGAAGAACUAGAAAGAGUCAGUCAUGUGUUAUGUUUGAGGAACAAUAAUGAACUCAGAAUCGACGUGCAUUCUCGUUCAAACCUUACCCCACAAGAUGAUGACUGCAUCAGUGAAAAAGACUGGACAACACCAGAGUGUUUAAAACCUCACGAGAGCUCCAGUGAAGAGGAAGAGGUUGCAGAAGAGAGCAAUGGACAUCGAGAACAAAUAAGAAGGCUGGAAAGUAAAGAAGUGGAGCAGGAGACUGUUUAUGGAGUAUCGGAAGACAUCUGCACAAAUCUUGAUGAACCAGACAGUGUCGUAGUUCAGGAGCAUCAAGUUACUGAGGAUGAGAGGGAGUGGCUGAAGGAGGAAGAGGAGGAGCUACUGUAUGGACAACAGGAUCUUUCUGCACAUCAGCCAUGCAUCUAUGCUUUUGCAGUGGAAGAGCUUUCUAGCUCAGAUGACACAGAGAUGGAAGAGGAACUUUGUAAACUUGUACAGAGACUGAGAAAUGAGCUCUCUUCAUACACACCCAAAGGAUCUGGCUGUAUGGAGAGAGAGAUGUUAAUGAUGGCAGCAGAGGGAAUCAAGGACUCUGUUUCUCAUCUUGUCAAUUCUGUGUCCACUAGUUUGGGAUGAUGGCAAAAUUGUAGUCUUUCACAUUGGCCAACCAAUAAAGUUCGAAUUCCAAUGGUGGUUCCAUCAUGAAAUUCAUGAGAAAUAUAAAUGCUCAUAGUAGACAACUGAUAUUUGACAUCAUGUCACCAAUUAUGAAACAUUUAUGAACAAUUUAAUCAAAUCGAAAAAAAUAGACAAGUUGCCAUUAAUUUGCCUGAUGUUUUAAUGUAACAGUGUUGCAUAUUUUAAUUUGCCACAUAUUUAGAUGUGACUAUAUGUUAAUGUCAUUUUACGGUGAAUUAAUAUGGCUAAAUACUUUUGAAUAACAUUCACUUUUUAUGUUUAAUUAAAGCCUUUUUUUUUAAAUAUUACACAUUAUUAUAUUUUAUACUUUGUAUUUGCAAUGCAUUAUACUUGAAUGAAUUGAGAAACAGAUUGUGGCUGAUUUAUCCCUGUACCAUAGGCAGAGUUUCACGUUUGUGCUUGGGUGGGGGGGGCACAUACCAGUAAACAAGGGUACUGCAAUAUUUUCAGAUAAGCAAGAGAAUGCGGCUUUGUGGUUUUUAAAUAUGCUUCAAAUAAAUGAAAACUAUUUAGCCUAGAGUUACUCAGUCUACCUAUUAAAGUAUCAAGAUUAGACAAAUAAUGCG